UGGGCCAGCGUUUCACCGCGAUGAGUUCUGGGACCACUCACCACGCGAUGCGUAAACGACGAAGAAGCCGCCUCCCCUGACCAAAAAAAGCCCAACUCUUAAAAGGAAACCUGGAAGUAAGAAAUCAAGCAAAAGAAACAACGAAAGGACAACAAGGAAAAGAAUACAAACCGAUGAAAAAAGUAAGUAGCGUAAAUACAGUCUAUUUGGGCUUCCAGGUAAUUCUUUUUUUCUAUUUUUACAGUCGAGGUUGGUUGACAUGUGCACUUGGAGUUCGGCUUUUGUUGCUCAUGGUUGCCCAUGGGGUGGCCGCCCCAGAGAAUGAGCCGAUCUCGAUCGCCUGUGUGGCUUCCUGCGUCAAUCCAUGUAACCGUAACCCCGGAGGACUCAUUGCCUUGGGAGACAACUCAUUGACUCCAAUUUGGAAGGUCCUCUUCAUCGACCCAAGUGUGGCGUUGCCGGCAUCCUCAAGAGUUCGUCAACAAAUCUCGCGACGUUGCGAGCUGUCUCAUGUUCCACACCCUCGCUGCAUUUACCCAAGCCUUCUACCCGACUCAGCAACUUCGAAACCAAGUCGGAAAUAGAACGGGGGGCUUCGUGGAAACGGGUCAGGCAAAAUAGAAGCCCCCGUCCUGCUGUGUCACUCGACCACGGCGGAGGGACUCGAUGACGGUGAGAGGGGAUCAUGCUUUCUUAGUCUCUAUGCAUACGCCCGCGAAGCUCAGCUCGAGGCAUUGACAAAUAGAAAAGGCGUUACGCAAUGGCCGGGUUAUGGGUGAGUGGACCAUGCCGGGCGA